AUGAACCCAUGGCGGUUAAUAUCUCAGCAGCUGCUCCGGCCUACGGCGCGGGUCGAGGGCUACAGCGCAGCAAGCACACCGGGAUACUGGAACAUCGCUACGUCUUCGCAUGGUCGGAGACUCAAUACAGCCUCGACGCCACGAAGACUGUCUCGCAGAUCACAGAACUCAGCACAUUACCAGUCUAUAUACAAGAACUUUGCCCAACCACGAAGGCGUUUCUCCGCGACCAUACCCGCAGCCCACGGCCACCUCGAACCUCCAAAGCCAGGCGAAGAGCUUCAUGUCACUUUCAUCGAUAAGGAUGGCGACAAGCACGAUUUUAAAGUAUCCAAAGGAGACAAUUUGCUGGAUAUUGCGCAGGCAAAUGAUCUGGAAAUGGAAGGGGCCUGCGGAGGGUCGUGUGCCUGCUCUACCUGCCAUGUCGUCGUCGAAGAUCAAGAUUUGUACGACAAAAUGCCUGAGCCAGACGAUGACGAGAAUGAUAUGCUAGACCUUGCCUUCGGACUGACGGAGACCUCACGGCUUGGAUGCCAGGUGAAGAUGGAGCCCGAGCUGGACGGAUUGGUCGUGCGAUUGCCCAGCAUGACUCGAAAUUUGCAAGCCAGUGACUUUGCGGAGAAGAAAUAG